CUCUUUCUCCUUUUCUCUUUUCUCUCUUCUCUUUUCUCUUGGUUCUUUUCCUCAGGCUUUUUCUUCGCAACUGUAAUAAUCGCAUCAUGUCCUUGCUCGCUUCUACCGCUCGUCGCUCCCUCUCUAUCACUAGAGCAGCCACUUUGGUCUCCCUAAACUCACAGGCCACUCGUGCAUACUCCAAGGACUCUCGCAUUCAGGUUGCAAAUCCUGUGGUGGAUUUGGAUGGAGAUGAAAUGACGCGCAUUAUUUGGCAGUCGAUCAAGGAGAAGUUGAUCCUACCACACGUCAAUCUCGAUAUCAAGUACUAUGAUCUGGGUAUCGAGCACCGUGAGAAGACAAAUGACCAGGUGACAAUUGAUGCUGCAGAGGCGAUUUUGAAGUAUAAUGUCGGUAUUAAAUGCGCGACCAUUACGCCAGACGAGCAGCGUGUCAAGGAAUUUAAUCUUACCAAGAUGUACAAAUCGCCUAAUGGAACCAUCCGCAAUAUCCUUAAUGGAACCGUCUUCAGAGAACCCAUCUUGCUCAAGAGUGUACCCAAAAUCGUACCAGGCUGGGAGAAGCCCAUCAUCAUUGGACGCCAUGCUUUUGGAGAUCAGUACAGAGCCACUGACUUUGUUGCAGAAGGUCCUGGCCGCUUCGAAAUGACUUUCACGCCUAAAAACGGAGGCGAAGCCAAGAAAUGGGUCGUCUACGACUUUGACGGCGCUGGUGUUGGAAUGGCCAUGUAUAAUACUGAUGAGUCAAUCACUGGAUUUGCUCACAGCUGCUUCCAGAUGGCAUUGUCCAAGAACAUGCCUUUGUAUCUCAGCACAAAAAACACCAUUCUUAAGAAAUAUGAUGGACGCUUCAAGGACAUUUUUGAGGCAAUCUACCAGAAGAACUACAAGAAGGAAUUUGAUGACAAGAAGAUUUGGUAUGAGCACCGAUUGAUUGACGAUAUGGUCGCUCAGGGGCUCAAGUCCUCUGGAGGAUUUGUUUGGGCUUGCAAGAACUAUGAUGGAGAUGUUCAGUCCGAUAUUCUGGCGCAAGGCUUUGGAUCUCUUGGAUUGAUGACCUCGGUCCUAGUGACGCCCGAUGGCAAGACUAUGGAAUCAGAAGCUGCUCAUGGAACAGUAACACGUCAUUAUCGUGAACAUCAGAAGGGCCGUGAGACCUCCACCAACCCGAUUGCCUCCAUCUUUGCCUGGACCCGUGGAUUGGCUCACCGUGCUCAUUUAGAUCAGAACGAGGCUCUUCAGAAGUUCUCGUUGGAUCUGGAGAAGGCCUGCAUUGAUACUGUGGAUGUCUCAGGUAUCAUCACCAAGGAUCUUGCAUUGGCAAUCCAUGGCAGCAAGUUGGAAAGGAAACAUUAUGCUACCACAAGUGAGUUCAUGGAGGCCAUCACCAAGAAUUUUAAUAAGGUUCGCGGCCUUUAAGUAGUUGCAGUAUAUAAUAGUUGAACAAAUAAAAAAGAAG